AUGGUGGAGCACGAGCAUGGGGAGACGGCAGUGCUGGUGGGCAAGUGCGCGGGGGCCGUCAAGGAGAACACCCACCACACCGCGUGGCAGAAACUGCUGCAGAGACUGAGAUGGCCCGUGGAGAAGAUAUGGAAUAAUGGCUACCUAUCGGGAAUUGCUAUGGCUUUCUUUUUUGCCCUGACUGUGAUAUUUGGCAAGGAGCUUGAGGAAAAGAAGGUCCCUUCCCUUCAAAUUUUGGGCAUGCGAGCUGUGGUCACCAUCCCAGUGCUUGCCAUCUUGCCACGAUUCUGCCCUGUUGGUUCUAUUCUUGGGCGUCGCGAAAUGUGGCGCUUGCUGGCAUUACAGGGUUUUCUGUACGGCUUCACAGUGAUUGCUGAGUGGUCGUCCUUUGCCAUGAUCCACUUGGCAGACACUGAGGCAAUUCUUCGGCUUUCAGCAGUCUUGGGUGGCAUCCUGGGAUGGACACUGAAGGGCGACCCUCUUGGUUUUGCCAUGAUUUCUGGGAUGGGAGUCUGUAUCAUGGGCACGCUGUUCAUCAGCCAGCCGCCAAUGGUUUUUGGUUCGCCUGACGCCGCACCCCUCAACCAUGCUCAAGUUGCAGGGCUUCUGUUAGCUUUUGCUGCUGCGGUCUUCUGGGCUGUUCAAGCAGCAGUCGUUGGAUUGAUUGACAAGUCAGAAGGCUCGCUGGCUUGCGUGUGCUGGAUCAAUGUUGGGAUUUUGGUGUCGACAGUGACCAUUGAUGUGGGAGCAAGUUCGUUUACAGAUUGGCCAGGGCCCCUUGUUCUUGACUUCACACCAUCAGAAUGGGGAUCCUUCUUGGGAGUGGUCUGCUGCGUACUUUUGGGGGAGCUUUAUGCGAUUCGCACAUACCAGCAGCUCAGCACAGGAUUGGCACUGGCACUGUUGAACCUCUCCCUGAUACUUAUCACAGCAGGGGAUUACCUUCUGUUAGGAGAAAAUCUGUCCACCUAUGAGAUGGGCGGAAUAGUUAUGGUGCUUAUGGGUAUUGGAAUCAUGUGUCAAGAAGACCAACCCACCAAGCCAAGUGCUUCUGCCUCGGCAGAGGAGAUUCCAAUGAAAUUAGUGCCGAGGGCACAUGCCAGUAGCAAGAGUUGA